UCUUAUCUCCCCUCUCUCUCCCUGACAAAAGAAAACCACUACUAACAUUUGCCAUUGCCAAAACCACUCUCAAAAUGGCAAAGAACGUUGCUAGUGAAGGAUCAUUUACGGUUAAGGACUACCAAGAUCCUCCACCAGAACCACUAAUAGACCCAGUGGAGUUAACACAAUGGUCCUUCUAUAGAGCAAUUAUUGCUGAAUUCAUAGCCACGCUUCUCUUCCUUUACAUUACUGUGCUGACUGUGAUUGGUUACAAAAGCCAAAGUGACAUGUCUAGUGAUCCUUGUAGUGGAGUUGGGAUUCUUGGUAUUGCUUGGGCCUUUGGUGGCAUGAUCUUCAUUCUUGUUUACUGCACUGCUGGUAUUUCUGGUGGUCAUAUAAAUCCAGCAGUAACAUUUGGACUAUUCUUGGCAAGGAAAGUAUCACUAAUAAGGGCAGUAAUGUACAUGGUGGCUCAGUGUUUAGGAGCGAUUUGUGGUGUUGGUUUAGUUAAGGCUUUCCAAUCAGGUUACUACCAUCGAUAUGACGGAGGAGCCAAUAUGCUCUCUGCCGAUUACAGUAAAAGCGUUGGAUUGUCCGCGGAGAUCAUCGGAACUUUUGUUCUUGUUUACACUGUUUUCUCUGCUACUGAUCCCAAGAGAAAUGCUAGAGAUUCUCAUGUCCCUGUGUUGGCACCACUGCCAAUUGGAUUUGCAGUGUUCAUGGUUCACUUAGCCACCAUUCCCAUCACCGGCACCGGAAUCAACCCGGCUAGGAGUCUUGGAGCUGCUGUUAUCUUCAACCAACACAAAGCUUGGAAAGACCAUUGGAUAUUUUGGGUAGGACCUUUCAUUGGAGCAGCCAUUGCAGCAUUCUACCAUCAAUUCAUAUUGAGAGCAGGUGCAGCUAAAGCCCUUGGUUCAUUCAGGAGCAGUACUUCUCAAGUUUGAUGACUAUGAUUUAAUAUAUUUAAGAAAGGAAGGCCAUUUGGGCUGGGGUUUCCAGUAAUUGUUAUUGUACUCUAUUUAUGUCUGCGUUAAUGUUAUUAGUAGUGGUCUUUUUUUCUAGCUCUCCUUGAUACAAAAGUGAUUGUCUUUGGAAAGGGAUUUUUUUUUUUUGGGUAUUCCCUUUGUUGUUGGCAAUUGACUUUUGGAUCUACAUUUUGUGCUUAUGAUCAAUCUUUCUUUGUAUUUUCUACUUCUAUCUCGAGUCAUUUCACUUUA